AUGCACGCGUCGAGGCUAGGCACUUUCAGUGGCCCAGACCUGUCCAUGUCCAAGCAAGAUCCUGUGCCCAAGACAAGCAUGGCCAACGACCAGACAUCACUGCUCGUGCCACCUGUGAGGCCGCCAGUUGUUCUGACAGACGUGCUCGUUGGGUACCCAGAAUUGCCUUCCACGCCAUGGAUGUCCCGCGAUGCGUUCGGGAUCACGAGAUGCAUGGCUGGCUUUACGUGCCCAGCGGGGCCGGCGGCGCUGCGGUCGGCGAGAGAGCGCCGCCUCCGCCGCCAUGUCCGCCGCCGCCGCUUCCACUGCCUCCGCGUCCUCCAGACACGAGAAUCGGUGGAGGUGAAGUUCGACCGCCGUCAUUCCUCGUGGGGGUGGGUCAACUUGCACCUCAUGGACAAGCCUGGGAUGUUCUACAAACCGAGAGCCGAGUGCGACGAAACCAUCACAAUUCCAGCGCGUUUCAUUGGUCUGGGGCCAGCGGUCGUCAUGGGCGCCGAUCUCUUCCUGGCGCUCCAGCGAGUCUGGCCGCUUCUCUUCGGCUGUGGAGUCCCUGCGGUCGUGGUGGACCUGCACUCGCCCAGAUACCCUGCGGCCGCAGAGGCGCCGGCUGCCGCUGCGCCGUCGCUUGCGCUGAAGCGGCAGGCGCCGCCGGAGGACGACGUGCCGCCGGAGGUGUGCCUCACGGUGGACUUUGCGAGGUUCGUCGCGAGCCCCGCCAGCCGCAUGGCCCCGGGCAAGAUCCGCAUCAUCCACUCUUUCGACGAGAACAUGACCGACGACGGCGUCGGGGCGUUGCUGGAGAUGCUCGACGUCGUGCUCAGCGUGCCAGGGCUCUGCCCGACGUUCGUGCUGACCUGCGACCUCCGGCAAAUCGAUUGGCCACCCCCGGACCUGGUGUUCGCGAUCACGGCUUGGAGCAGCGACGAAGAGCGGAGGUCGAGGUGGACGAAGGCGUGUCUCUGCUGGAAGCUCGUCGUCCCCAGCGGCGUGUACUUCAUGGUGUCCGAGAAGGCCAGGUGCAACUGCGACGGGGAAGCUCCGUGGCUCCGCGCGUGGCGCGCGGCCAGGCGACGCGCCCACGGCAGGGGUUUCGAGGAGACCGGCUGCGCCUCGUCCUCGUCGGGCGGCGACGUGCCCGAGGAGCCCGGCGACGGCGGCGCGGAAGGCGCCGGGUCGCCGAGCGUCUCCUCGCAGGCCCGCGCGGCGGACGACGACCCAGACGCGAUCGUGCUGAACCUGCCGCCGACCAAAGACGUGGGCUUCUUGCUCAUGACGCAGGGCGUCAGGCCAGAUGGCAGGGCAGAGAUCAAGCUUCUCGGGCGAGAAGGCGUGCAAAACCGGUCCAACGUGAUGGAGAUGCUUGACUUUUUGGACAAGUUCUCCCGAACAGCGCACGCGCAGCGCGGUUUCGCGAUAUGUUUCGACUUGCGCUCGCUAUCGGUCCCCCCGAUGAGCCUGAUCAAGGAGGUCGCCGACUGGGGCAACGAGAAGGCGCGAGUGCAGAGGUGGAACAGACUGAACUUCGCGUGCAAGGUGGUGGUGAGGAGCGGCGUCACUUUCGCCAUGGCCAAGGGCAUCCUCCACACGUACUUCUACGCGUGCCCGCCGGUCUGCCGCACCUACCUCCUCACGCACCCCGACGAGCCAGAGGAGGCCGCCUGCUACUACGACCCCGCCAGGCCGCGCGCAGCCGCUGCCGAGGCGGAGAGCGCCAGGGCACCGGAGGCCGGGCCAGGUGCCCCAGAGAGCCCCCUCGGGGGGCCCGUCGAGCGGGGCGCACCCGGGGUCUUCGUGGCCACGUCCCUGCUGGAGCCUGGCCUGGAGGUGGUCCAGCCAGCCGAGCAGGCGACGGCGGGCGUCGGGCCGGACCCGACCGGCGAGCGGGAGCCGCGUUUGGAGGAGCCCGCCGCCCCCUACACCACCGGGCGGGGCGCCGACUCUCCGCCGCGGGCCGCGGCCGUGGAGGAGGACCCCUGGGACUGGCUGCUGGGCCUCUGGGACCGACCCGCGGGCGAGCAGGAGCGGGGCGAGGGCGAGCGGCGCCCGAGCGGCGCCUGA